AUGCGGAACAACGUGACAAUCUUUGAAGACUCGGACACGAUCAUUACUGCGCACAUGGAAGACAAGACGAAGAAGUUGAUACAAGAAGCCUACAAGAAGGACAGCUCUUUCGGAGACGUCUUCCGAGGCGAUCGACAGGACAAGAGAUUUGUGAAAAUCAACGGACUUAUCUACUUGAGCAGCGACAACAAAUCCAAGAGACUCUGCAUUUCAGACGACGACAAGAUCAAGGUUGCCAUCCUGCAUAACAGUCAUGACGCAGCAAGCGCAGCACAUCCAGGCUGGAACAACAUGCAACAAGAUGUCAGAAGUACGCCCAAACUUGUAAAGCGUGUGCCAGAUACAAGUCGAGAACCGCCAAGAAGAACGGACUGA